CAAAACAUAUAUAUUUUUUAAAGGUAACAAGUACUCAUAUAAAACAAAAAUUUUUACUCAUUCGGGUCCAGUUAUAUAAACCUUAAUAUGAAUGCAUUCAAGUUUUUUGAGUUAUUCUCAACUUUGUCACUUGUAUGUGGAUUAACACCAUGGGAAUUUAACGGUACUACUCCAGGGAUUAAGGAUAUUAUUAUAGGACGUUGCUCUCAAUUUCAGCAGCUAAAUUCUCAAAACCGAAACCCAGCGUUGUAUACUGAUGUUGAUUGCACAAAAGUUUGGAACUUAUUUUCUAAUAGUUUUUCGUUUAAAGAUACCUGUCGUAGUGGUGAAAUUACUGAAAAAAAUUAUGAACCACUCUUUAAUUUAAUUGGAAGCAAAGUCCCAUUAACUAAUCAGGCUUUAUUUUGGUCUGGAACCCGCCACAUUGUGCAUGAGUAUACUUCCGUAGAAAGCAACUAUUUUACACUUGAAGAUACAUUUCCAGGCUACAUCGCUAAUGACUUAAAAUGGUGUGGUUGUGAAAAUUGUUUAUAUGGAAUUGAUUAUAACAGCUGCAAUAGGUCUUGCUCCUUAAGUACAUUAGACUCAUACUGGUCAUAUGCUUCAAGAUUGUUUGCCCAAAAUGCUAAAGGAACAGCAUAUGUUAUGGUAAAUGGAACUACAAGUUCUGGUUUUACUGCAUAUUAUAAUAUGAGUUAUUUUGGAAAAAUAGAGUUACCAACUAUGGGUAAAAUGAAGCAAGUAAACCGAUUAGUCGUAGUUGUGGUAAAUGACCUUGAUGCAGAGUUAAAAGAGAAAUGUGGCGAAGGUUCUCUAGUUAACUUGGUUGAGGAUGCUAUUAAAGCUGGAAUUAAAAAAGUUGAAUGUAUUGAUCAACCAAGGGCUACAAUAUUUUUGUUAUGUGCUAAAUAUCCAAAUUCAAAGCAAUGUCUUUCAAUGCUAAAUUAAAAAAAUAUCAAGUACGAAGACUUGAAAAUUGGAAAAUUUAAAAAAAAAAAUGAAAUAAAAUGUCGCGGCAUGUUAAGAAAGUUUGAUAAACAUGGAAGAUACAUUUCCAAAAGAAAAAAUUAUUUUUAGACUACAUAAAGAAAUAGAGAAAAAAGAUAUUUUAAAAUAGAAUUGAUGUUUAUAAAAAUAAAAAAUUAACAAUGUUAAAUAAUGUUUUUUUUAUCCAUUUUUCUAGAAGUUUUUAAUUGUAUAUAAUUCAUGUUUUAAUUGUUGAAAAUCUAUUGUUAUUAAAAACGAUUGUGCACGACCAUUUUAUUUUCCAACGAAAUGCGUGUUGUACA